AUGACUCUCUCAUGCGAGAGCAUACUGAGCGUUAGCGAGAGACACGUGCUGGGGAUUGUGACCCGCUCCGUAGAAAGCAGAACCGGACCAAGCAUUCGAGCUACACAAAUCAGGAGCAGGCGCGCUGCAGCUUGCCAAUCAGUGCGGUUGGGCUCGUCGCAGCUUGCUGCGAGCGAGUCGGGGCUCACUCGGAUAUUAGGAUACAGAUAUGAACGCGUGUUCGUGGUGAUGGUGACGGACUGGCAGCGGGUCCGUAUGUUGCGCGGAGGAACAGAUACAUGCCGCCGCUUUGUCUCACGCACUGCUCUGCAGCAGAGACGUUUUCGGUAUGGCGCUGCUCAGAAUGCAAGCACCUCCCGGACGAGGACACCGUGA